ACGGCCGUCGAGAUCGGCGUCCGCGAGGGGCACUGGAGCCGCAUGUUCCUGCAGACGUGGGCCGGCGCGUCGUACCACGGCAUCGACCCGCUGCCUUUGGACGCGGACCUGGAGAGCUACCGCACGACGAAGAACAUGCCCGAGGUGUAUAAGUACGGCGUCGAGACCAUCGCGUAUCUGAACGCGAACCCGCGUUGGACGUUCCACCACGAGCUCGACGCCGUGUUCAUCGACGAUUUCAAAGACGAGUCCCUGGAUUUCGUCUACAUCGACAGCGUCCACGACUACGCCCACGUCAAGGAGACCUUCGAACGGUGGUGGCCCAAGGUGCGGCGCGGGGGCAUCAUCGCGGGCCACGACUAC